AUGGCCUCUCCGAGCGGUAGCGGUAGAGGUAGAGCUAGCGAGAGCAAGAGUCAAACGUCCACUCCAACUCCUGCUCCCGCACAAGCCUUGCAAGCCAUCUUUCCCCCACCCGCCGCGGUCCACAGACACUUCACGCCCUCCAACUUGCGCAAAUUCAAAGUGCUUUGCGAAUAUCAUCAUGCUCGUCCAGAGCUGGAUAGAUGGGCGAGAUUGGAACCGGCUGAGAGACUGGUUCAGCAGAGAGAGGUGCUGCGCAGGAAUGCGGAGAAUGAUGAAGCAGUGACGAGAGUAUUGGAGGAAGAGGAGGAGCAGGGCGGAAGAUCACGAGCGCAGGAAGAAGAUGAGGAGAUCGAUUUAUUGGCACAGUUGGAUCCCCCCAGAUUGGACUGGAUCGAGCAGGACGGGCAUUAUUGGUGUUGGGGACAAUUCGUGCAA